AUGCCUAAACCGGUUACCAAGCAGAUCAAGCUCUGCUUCUUCGAGACUGCCUGCACCGGUAAUCACCUGAGUCCAGGACAGUGGCGGGACGAAAACGAUAACUCCCGAUCCAAAGACCGCAUAGACUACUGGUUGAACGUUGCUCGGCUUGCGGAGAAGGGCAAAGUACUGGCUGUCUUUUUCGCGGAUGCAUAUGGUCAACACACAAUAUAUGGCGGCAAUGCCGACGCCAUAUUCGCUUCCGGCACCCAAGUCGCACAAUUCGAUCCCAUGAUCCUAGUUCCCGCCAUGGCAUCAGUAACGAAGUCUGUAUCGUUCGGUGUCACCGGCAGUACAAGCUACUUGAACCCCUAUAUCUUGGCACGAACGUAUGCUGGCAUGGAUCACUUAUCCCAGGGACGAGUAGCGUGGAACGUCGUCACGAGCUGGUCCAAGAGUGCGGCCCAUGCUCUUGGACAGGAAGAUGUCACACCUCAUGACGAAAGAUACGCUUCGGCUCACGAAUAUAUGGAUGUUUGCUACAAGCUGUGGGAAAGCAGCUGGGCCGACGAUGCCCAAGUCUGGGAUCGCGAGCGCCGGGUGGCCUACGAUCCCGCCAAGAUCCGCAAGAUUGAACACAACGGAAAGUACUUCAAUAUAAACGGCACCCAUCAGACGCACCCGUCUCCGCAGCGCACCCCCCUUAUCUUCCAAGCGGGCUCAUCAAAGGCCGGCCAGGGCUUCGCCGCCAAGCAUGCCGAGGCCAUCUUUAUUGGUGGCUUGAUACCCAAGCACACCACCGAGGCCGUGAAGAGUAUUCGCAAAUCAGCUACAGAAAAUGGUCGCGACCCUACAUCCAUCAAGAUUUUUGCUUCUAUGAACCCCAUUCUUGGUCGCACUCUGGAGGAGGCACAAGCAAAAUACAAACGCGCCCUCGAGAAUGCAGAUAUUGUCGGAGCCCUAGCCCAGUUCUCCGGGUUUACUGGUAUCGACAUGUCCAAGUAUCCGCUGGAUGAGCCGUUUCAACUGACUGGCAAACCCGGCGAGAAUACCGUACAGUCGUUGAUCCGCGACUUCCAGGGCGGUGCUGGUGAGAAAGGGGACGAAGUCUGGACCCCUCGACGUUUGGGCGAGUGUAUGUGCUUUGGUGGCUUGCAUCCCGCACCAGUGGGAACGGCUGAGAUGAUAGCCGACGCCAUGCAGGAAUGGGUGGAUGUCGCUGAUGUAGACGGCUUCAACAUUUCUUACACAAGCAACCCGGCUAGUUUUGAGGAUGUGGUAGAGCUCCUUAUCCCCGAGCUUCAGAGAAGAGGGAUGUACUGGAAGGAUUACGCCGUACCGGGCGGUACCAUGCGUGAGAACAUGUACGAAGAGAAGGGCGCCAGCAAGCUCCGUAGUGAUCACUACGGUAGCAAGUUCAAGUAUGACACUUAUUGGGGGAAAGCCAGUGGGACUAAUGGUAUUAAUGGACACUAG